CAUCCGCAGUGAGUUCCAGCUGUGCUACCUGUCCCUGAGGACCAGCAUCGGGUUGUGGACGGCCUUCCUCUGCAUCCUGCUGGUCGCCACUGACGCCAGCGCCCUGGUCUGCUACAUCACCCGCUUCACAGAGGAGGCGUUCGCCGCCCUCAUCUGCAUCAUCUUCAUCUACGAGGCGCUGGCCAAGCUGGUCCACCUGGGGGAGCAGUUCCCCAUUAACAUGCACAACCAGCUGGACAAUCUCACCUUCUACACGUGUCGUUGCUCUCCUCCUUCCAACGCGUCUGCUGAGGUCCAAAGGUUCUGGAGCAGCAUGAACCUGACGUUAGACACCAUCGAGUGGGAGCAGCUGAGUGUGAAGGAAUGCAGGAACUGGAAGGGACAGUUUAUGGGGUCGGCAUGCAGCAGCAACGGGCCUUAUGUUCCUGACGUCCUCUUCUGGUCCGUCAUCCUCUUCUUCACCACUUUCUUCCUCUCCUCCUUCCUCAAACAGUUGAAGACCAAAAGAUAUUUCCCCACCAAGGUCAGUCCGGCUGCAGAACCUUAG